AUGACCAACCUCACAGCGGUAUCUGUCUUCCUCCUCCGGGGCUUCUCAGCUGUCCCUGAGUUACAGCUGCUCAGUGUGGUCGCUUUCCUUUUCCUUUACGUGGCUGCAAUUCUGGGAAAUAUCUCCAUUGUGGCUGCUGUGACCCUUGAUGCCCACCUGCACAUGCCCAUGUACUUCUUCCUCAAGCACCUUUCCCUGGUGGACAUCUGCUCCCUGUCCACCACCCUGCCCCGGGCCCUCGUGGCUGCCAUGCUGGGCUCUGGGGACAUUUCCCUCCUUGCAUGCGCUUCCCAACUCUUUGCCUUUGUCAGCCUUGGGUCCACGGAGUGUUUUCUCAUCACGUCCAUGGCUUACGAUCGUUGUCUGGCCAUCUACAGGCCCCUGGUAUACAGGGUAGCUAUGAGCCACAGGGCCUGCGUGUCCCUGGUGGCAGUGGCCUGGGUUGGCGGGCUCCUUUUCUCCACCUUCCACACAGCCAACACCUUCUCCCUACCUUUCUGUGGCCCCCUUGUGAUUGACCACUUUUUCUGUGACAUCCCUCCAAUCAUGCGCCUAGCCUGUGCCAAUGCGGAUGCCCACGAGGCUGCUGGAUUUGCAGUCAGCGGCUGUGUCAUCAUGAGCUGCUUUGCCCUCACUGUCUUAUCCUAUGUCCGCAUCCUGGCCACAGUUGCUCGGAUCCGCUCCGUGGCUGGCCGCUGGAAGGCCUUCUCCACAUGCUCUUCCCACCUGGCCACCGUGAUGCUGUUUUAUGGCACUGGCAGCUCUGCCUACAUGCAGCCCAGUGCCCACUCCUCCCCACUACAAGCACGCCUGGCUGCUGUCUUCUACUCCAUCCUCACCCCCACCCUGAACCCACUCAUCUACAGCCUGAGGAACAAGGACAUGCAGGGGGCCCUGCGGAAGCUCUACCUGCAGGUGCCAUUCUAG